UGAGUGGGGUCGCCUUGCCCUGUAUGGCGUCACUGUCAGCCUUAUCAAUGAUCACCGGAACCAGUAUCACCACGAGGCGCAGCAGAUCGAUCAAUGCAACACGGAACAUACCCAUCAUCUUGAGCGUCAGCAUAUGCCUGUGGAUAUAUAUCAGUGAAGGUAAAUCUGCAAAUUAAAUCGGCCCUUCAUCAAAAGUCAUACUUGCUAUCUGACCAAGCUUUCAUUCCGCAACACCGAAAUCCUCAAAAACAACCAAAUCCCAAACUUCAAGAACCAAGCGCAAUGGGUAUAUUUACAUGUUCACGAAAGUCAAGGGCGAACCCUUCCAAUCCAAUGGGUGACUGGAAGUCCCAGUCUCCCCCCGACUACAAUGAGGUCGUUGCAUCCGAUGCCGCUAGCAACCAAUCCUCCUCCCCGGACGGCUUUCUCGCCACAAGCGAGUUUCAGGUAGAAGCCCUUGGAUACGACACCAACCAGGCACUCAGCGGCAAAUUUCUGGAGAAUAUUUCCGUCUACAGCGUGGAAUUCGGAGCACCCACACAGGAAAAGUACACCUCUAUCCGCCUAAAGAGCAGUUCCAACUCGUGCGCGUUGGUGCGCCCAUCCGACCCACGUCAGAAUGCUCUCAUUUCAACCAUCUAUCGUUGGGGCCCUGGAAGGCACCCCAGGAUGCGCAUUCUACCCCGCGAUUCCAGUGUUUCGGUUGAGCAGGCCAUCGACGACGAUAAGGUGUGUGGAGAAUUGGUCGACGUGCAAAGCCGGUCGAUGGUUAGCCGUGCGCAGGUUUUCGACACGUCACUUGGCAAAUACGAGUGGCGCUACGGGAGUCGGGAAGAAAGAAAAGCCUGUAACGCAGAUUCGCUGCUGAUUCUGGAGCGCAUGGAUCGCGUCGUAUUAGGGGAUGGUACCACGACUAAGAGCGGCGCCAGAGUCGCUCAGCUUAUUCGAAACGACCAAUUCCGCACCCGCGGCUCGGCUAGGUACUCCGGAGGGAAUGGUGGUCGCUUGGUGAUGGAUCUGCGCAUGUGGAAGGAUGAGAAGCAUGCCGACACGGACGGCGUAGAGGCUUUCUUUGUGGCGAGUUGUAUCUUGAUGCUGAAGAGAGAGGCAGAUCGUUUCAUCGAUAAUAACAUCGUCGCCGUGACAUAAGCGUGACGGUGCCCCUUUGCGAGGCUCAUUUGGCUUGGAGUUGAAGUACUUUAAUGAUUUACUUUCUAUAUAAUAUACAUGGUAGCUUGAUAU